CAGCUCCGACACCAAGGCGAGAGGCUAGAAGGUCUACAAAUACCGUCUGGGUGGCUGGUGUGAGUCAGAGGGUACUGGGGGGGGUGCUUAGCCCCCAAAGAAGAGGACCAGGCCUUCCCCAGCACUACCUUCAAAGACCCCAGGGGCUCCCUCUUCCCUCCACAGACUGUGGCCUGACUUAGGGAACCUCAAAUGAUGACAGAGAAGGAGAUGCUCGAGUCCCCUAAGCCCUCCAUCCCAGCAGAGACUCGGCAAAGUGGGCUCCAGCGGCUGAAGCAGUUAUUCAGGAAGGAGUCUACAGAGACAAAGGAGAUGGAGCUCCCCACAGAGCCCCAGGCCAAUGGGGAGGCAGUGGGAGCUGGUGGGGGGCCCAUCUACUACAUCUAUGAGGAAGAGGAGGAGGAAGAGGAAGAGGAGGAGGAGCUGCCCCCAGAACCUCCUAAGCUUGUCAAUGAUAAGCCCCACAAAUUCAAAGAUCAUUUCUUCAAGAAGCCCAAGUUCUGUGAUGUCUGUGCCCGGAUGAUUGUGCUCAACAACAAGUUUGGGCUUCGCUGUAAGAACUGUAAAACUAACAUCCAUAAACACUGUCAGUCCUAUGUGGAGAUGCAGAGGUGCUUCGGCAAGAUCCCCCCGGGUUUCCAUCGGGCCUACAGCUCCCCACUCUACAGCAACCAGCAGUACGCUUGUGUCAAAGAUCUCUCUGCUGCCAAUCGCAAUGACCCUGUGUUUGAAACCCUGCGCACGGGGGUGAUCAUGGCAAACAAGGAACGGAAGAAGGGACAGGCAGAUAAGAAAAAUCCCCUAGCUGCCAUGAUGGAAGAGGAGCCAGAAUCUGCCAAACCAGAGGAAGGCAAACCCCAGAAUGGAAACCCUGAAGAGGAUAAGAAGGCUGAAAAGAAGACACCUGAUGACAAAGUGAGACUCCUUUCUCCCUGCAGGGACCCAGUCCUCGCCCAGCCCAGCACAAGCAGCCUGGCUUCCAGCAGUCUCAUUACUUUGUGGCUCUCUAUCGGUUCAAAGCCCUGGAGAAGGACGAUCUGGAUUUCCCGCCUGGAGAGAAGAUCACAGUCAUUGAUGACUCCAAUGAGGAAUGGUGGCGGGAGAGAAAGUCGGAUUUUUUCCUCCAAACUUCAUCAUUCGGGUCCGGUCUGGAGAGCGUGUGCACCGCGUAACGAGAUCGUUCGUGGGGAACCGCGAGAUAGGGCAGAUCACUCUCAAGAAGGACCAGAUCGUGGUGCAGAAAGGAGAUGAAGCUGGGGGCUACGUCAAAGUCUACACAGGCCGCAAGGUGGGGCUGUUCCCCACCGACUUCCUGGAGGAGAUUUAGGCAUGCAAGCGCCUGCUGGCAGGAGAUACCCAAGCCCCAUUCUGGGCGGGCCCAGAGGAGGCUGGGGAGGAAGGGAGCCAAAGCAACUGUACUGCUGGUUUAGGGAGGAGUGGAAAGGCCCGCCAGAGUGUGAGGAGGCUUCUGGGAAGGGACCGGUUCCGACUCCCUACCCCAGCCUUAGGGCCUCGGAUACCUGGUGCCCAGAACAGCCUCACCCACGACCCUCAGGGUACACAGCCUGUGGGAGCCGGAAAAAGAACGAACUCCACUAGGGGGCGCCCUGGGGAUGUGGGAGGUGAGCUUUGGAAUCAUGCGAUUUUAUUAAAGUUUUGACAAAAGUUAGGAAA